AUGUCAAAUAUCAAUAACGACAUUCCAAGCCCUGGCCUUGAGCAGGAAGCAUCAAACUCGAGACAACAAACGUUUGUUGACACGCCUCGCUGGGAUCAUUCGGUCGACCUUAACUCAACUUUAACUGAAGAGCAUAAUAAUUUUUCGAACAGCUCACUCGAAUGCACGCCUAAUCCGUCAAUUCCCCGAAAUAAUCUCCCGCUUCGCCAUUCACUUCACCCGCAACUUGCUCCACCAGCUCGCACCUUAAAAUUCGACGACGUCGACAAGAUGUCAGCAGCAGACGAAGACGUCGCAUCAGUCACCAAGUGCCGGCUUCCUGAUUUUUGGCCAGGGAGAGCCAAGCUUUGGUUUUAUAAAGUCGAAGCAGACUUCAACGUCGGUCGUAUCAAGAGCGACGACUCAAAAUUCAACCUUGUUAUAAGAGCCCUAGACCAUGUCGCCCUUGACGAAGUAGCUGACAUCAUUCGCAACCCUCCCGCUCAAAACAAAUACGAGGCUCUCAAAUCGCGAAUCCUCGAACGCCUCGCGGACUCUGCCGAGAAACAGCUGGAGCAAAUGCUCACCUGCAUGCAACUCGGUGACAAAAAACCUUCACAACUUUACAGACAAAUGGCCGAGCUAGCCGGAAACAACGCUACAGAAGACCUACUCAAAACCAGAUGGCUCACUUUGCUGCCGCAACAUGCCCGCAACACUUUAAAAAUCUUCAAAGCUAAAUGCACUCUGCAAGAACUCCUUGACGCAGCCGAUGCAAUUUUGGACUCCAACACGUCGCCAGCUACCCUCAGUAUCGACGCCCCGUCUAUCCUAGCAACGCAUCAUCGCGCGCCGGACUUCUCAGAAAUAAGAACUUUACUUUCCGAACUAAUUUCAGUGUCUCGUGAAAUCCUCAUCAGAGUAAGCAGCCCGCCCAGCUCUCCUACUGGAACCGCUCAGCACAACACUUCCGCCCAGCGUAGAAGUCGUUCGCAGUCCAGACCCAGGCCUCACGCUAACGGCAUCUGCUACUACCACAACAGGUUCGGCGCUGCCGCCUCCAGGUGCAGUCUGCCAUGCGCUUGGCUUAGCACCAAUCCGCAUCAGCGCCAGCCUCCACAGAGUAAUUUAAACGGCUAA